ACUAUAUAAUAGUGCUCUUUUAAAAGAAGAAGAUAAUAAUGGAAACUUGUGGUUCUCUUUCUCUCCUAAAAUCUUAUCCUAAAUCUCAACAAUGGCCGAUCCCCUUUAUCCAAGCACCUACCUUUUCUUCUUCUUCUUCAAUCAACUCAAACCCUAGGCGUCGGACCCAGAUUCGAUUAGGGUUUGAUUCUGGAAAAAACGAUAUAAAUAAUGGGAAACAAGGUAAAUACUUCGAAAACAUUAAGGAUCGUUUCAAGAGAAGACGUUGGUGGUCGGAAAAGGAUUCGACACCACCGGAUCAGCCUCCUCCUGGGAUUCUUGACCAGAUCAUCGAAAGCUCUUUCAUACUUAAGGUAUUGAGUGCUUAUGGAUGGGGACUUCCAAUCAUCUUGAUUUCUUUACUAAUAGCAUCUGGACCAAAAGCUUUUCUCAUGUCAAUGGUAUUCCCUAUUGGGGAAUCAACUCUUAACUUGACAUUCAAGAAGAUGUCAUCAUUGUUAUCAUCAUCAUCAUCCCCUGCUUCAACAAAACGCAAGAAGAAGAGGAAGAACCCUAAUUUGAAAGAGGAAGAUGAAAUGGGUGAUGAAGAAGAAGAAGUUAGUGGACAAGGUAAAAACCCAUCAAACUUUGGUGGGUGGGGUUAGUUCUAGAAUAAUAUAUUGAUUAUUGAUAAGAACUAAGAAGAAAACAAUAUUAUUGCAAUAAUUCAAUCAAUUUUGUUACAACUAUA